AUGCUGCACCCACUUGCUCUCGGUGCGCAGCCCAGGGCAAGAGACUGUGCUCGAUCGGACCCCUUGCAAGCGCGAGGCGGAUCGACGAGAGCGAGAGCUGCCUUCCUGGAGGUGGCGGCCCCGCAUCUCAAGCUGAGUUCGUUUAAAAGACUGACAGCAGAAGAGAGGGAGGACCUCGAGGAGAUGAAGACCUCCAGGUUCGAGCGCGAAGCGGAGGAGCACGAGAACAGGGACCACAGGGAGCACAAAGCUGGUGCGGCAGCAGACGGCGACAACGGCGCAGCGGUUCCGUUGCCUGGGUUUCUAACAGCUGUGCCAGGUGUCAGCAGCGUGGCAAGCAGCUCGUACGCCCUUUCUGCCUACGAGUAUGCCAAAGAGAACCCGAUGAUGACAGCCUGGACAGUCGGAACCGCAGCAUUCAGCGCGGCAGCGAGCGCAUUCAGGUCCGUCUACGACUAUUUCUAUCCACCUCAGGAUGAGGGAUGGUUUGGUGGCUGGGACGCCGGCCUGCUGAGUGGUGGUGCUGCGGCGGCUGGUGGCUGGUUCGGCAGUGCCAGCGCACCUUCGUCAAGCAGCUGGUUUGGUGGCGGCGCUGCCGCCAGCAGCGAUGCAAGCGUAUCGUCCGGAGGCUGGUUUGGCUUCGGCAGCGCAGCCCCGGCCGCGGCUGGAGCCGGUGGGGCUGCAGCCGGGGCUGCAGGCGGGGCAGCCGCUGGCGGCUGGUUCGGCGGACUCUUCGGAGGCUCUUCUGGGGAGGACAAGGGCCAGGCAGAUCAGUUCGAGCUGUCCGUGUGGUUCAUGUGUGUGGGUGUUGGCCGCUGGCUACUGCAAGCAUGCCUGGUUGCUGCUCUGGCGUGUGCUGUUUGCGUUGCAGUCCUCAUUCUGCUUCUGAGCGAGUCGUUGGUGCUCUUCAUCGUCACACUUUCAGUCUCUGGAUGCCUUUUUGCAAGCAUGAAGUUUUGCCUUCGUCCGUGGGCAUGGCUAGGAGUGGAUUCUCACUUGCCGAUCCUCUUCGACCUACAGUCCUCGGGCUUGGAGGUGGGCACCUGGGACCACUGCUUCCUUCGGAGAAAAACUUGGCCGGCAGCAGCGCUCAGGGACCUGCGCGUCUACAAAGAGACUGUAGACUCGCUGGGUGAAAGUGCGGACUCCGAGCCAGUUCCGAUCUCCAGCAGCCAAAAGGUGUCCGCAGAGCUUCCGCAGUGCUGUGAUGCCACGAAGGCGUGCUUUGGCUCGUGCUGGAGAUCGUGCUGCUCGGGCGGCUCCGGCGGCUUUUUGGUUUCCGGAGUGUUUCUCGGUGCGAAAGUCGAGAGCAAAGUGGUGCGCUUGACAAGAGACGUCUGGACGCUAAAGGAGGUUGAGCAGCUCCUGGUUUUGGCGCAGCAGGGACGCCAGCUGCUUGGCCUGCCCGAGCAGGCUCCAGCGGAUCUUGAAAGAGCCUCAGAGCAAGUCCAGGUGGUGGAUGUUGAGUGCAUCCCGGUGACAUGCGUCAUGGGCAAGGAGGAUGGUUUGCCAACUAUCCGGGAGGACACCAUUCUCCGGGAUUCGACCGAGGCCUCGGUGUUGCCGAUGUUCUCGAAGGAAACUUCGGAAGUGGCAGAUGAGCGGUGCAUGCCUACGGUGCGGUCAGGCGCUCUGGCUCCGCGCCCCAAGACAAAAUCCCAGGCAAAGGUACAAGACCUCCUGGCGGUGUGA